AUGCAUCUUGGCGGAAACAAGUUGUAUCGAGAUCUUCGAGAGUUUUACUGGUGGUCGGCGCUGAAAUGCGAAGUUACUGAUAUGAAGCUGGCUAAGCUGUAUGUGGCUGAGAUUGUAAGACUGCAUGGGGUACCGGAUUCUAUUAUAUCUGAUAGAGAUCCUCAUUUACAUCACGAUUUUGGAAGAAGUUACACGAGGCUUUGGGCGAGGCCAGAGAUAGUUUCUGAUACAGAAGAGCAGCUAAAAGUAAUUCGAGACCGACUGAAGGAAGCGUCUGAUUGGAAAAAGUCUUAUGGGGAUCUUAAACGCCGAGAGAUUGAGUGUUUUGUGAGGGAUUAUGUCUUUCUCAAUGUCUCUCCUUGGAAAAAAAUACUCAGGUUUGGGCGGAAGGUACAGAUUUUGGAUCGUGAGGUUAAGGUACUGAGGAAGAAAUCUAUUCCUUUAGUGAAGGUGCUAUGGCGUAAUCACAGUUCAGAGGAAGCCACAUGGGAACCCGAAGAGGCUAUGCGACGAUAG